AUGAAGAGCACCAAGCCCGAUAAGAAGGCCAAGGGCGCUCAGCGCAGGACGAUGGGUGGCAAGAAGGGUGCCCCGGCGGAGGCCGCGCCCCCGAAGGAGGAGGAAGAAGAGGAAGAGGAGGAAGUGGGUGAGGAGGACCUCGAGUUCUUCAAGGGCAACACCCAGUUUGCCAACUUCCUCGGCGGCGUAGACCCCAAGAACCUCACCGACCUCCUUGGCAACAAGACCACGAGGCGAGCGAGCAAGAAGGCCGAGCGCGAGAGGCAGAAGAAGGACAACACCGAGGCCGAGUGGGAGAGGAAGCCCCGCACGGCCAGCUGGGACGAGGCGCCCGAGAUCCCGCGUCUGCCGGUGAAGGACGCGCACGGAAACCUGAUCGUGGCGAAGGAGUACCGCAAGCUCGGCGCCGAUGAGAGCGACGAAGACGGCAGCGAGGCUGAGGCCGAGGUGAAGGAGGAAGGCGUGGAGGACGGUGACGAGGGAGACGACAUGGACCACGACGAGACCGACGGGGCGUCGAUCAAGGAUGAAGAUGAAGAAGAUGAAGAAGAAGACGAUGAAGACGAUGAGGAGGAGGAGGAGGAAAUGGAGGUGGAGCAGGCGGCAAAGAAGGAGAAGAAGGGCAAGGAGAUGGUGAGUGAGCUCCAGAAGUUCCACAGCAGGCAGCAGCAGAACGAGCACACCAAGAUGCACAUCGCCCACCUCUGUACCAAGAUCAUUGAGGACCCCGAGGAAAACAUGCUGAAAGAGUUGACCGAGAUGUGCUUCCAAGAUGAUGCGAUUGCCCAGAAGCUCGCCGUGCUGUCGCUGCUGGAGGUCUUCAAGGACAUCAUUCCCGGAUAUCGCGUCCGUUUGCCGACCGCAGAGGAGAAGCAGAUGAAGGUGUCGAAGGAGGUCAAGAAGGUCCGCGAGUUCGAAGCGCGUCUGCUCUCGUCCUAUCAGAAAUACCUCCAGAAGCUCGAGAAGAUCAUGAAGUACAAACCGGCGCAGGGCGACGAAGCGCCGCAUGUCAAGGUCGACGUGCACUACCGCAUUUUGGCUGUCAAGUCUGUGCCGCACUUCAACUUCACGUGGAACAUCAUCUCGCUCUUGGUGCCCUACCUGGCCUCCAACAACGCCGAGCUGAGGACACAAUGCAUCAAGGCCAUCCACACGGUGUUCGAGAACGACAAGCAGGGCGGCACCACCCGCCAGACGGUGAAGCUCAUCGGUCAGUUCGUCAAGUCGAAGGGCUUCCGCAGCCGACCCGAGACCAUCGAGGUGUUGCUGCACAUCAAGUUCACGGACAUGCUGAAGGAGGGCGACGUCACGCUGGACCCGGCCAAGACCCAUCUCUCGAAGAAGGACAAGAAGAAGCUCACCAAGAAGCAAUACAGGGCACUGCAGGAAUUCAAGGUGAUGAAGGAAGUCGAGGCCGAGAUGAAGGAGGCCGAAGCCGCCCAGAGCAAGGAGGAGCGAAAGACAAUCCAAACGGACAUUCUGCGAAGUGUGUUCAUCACCUACUUCCGAGUCCUCAAGCGGACCACCAACUCGCCCCUCCUGCCCUCGGUCCUGCGCGGUCUCGUUCGAUACACGCGGUUCAUCAACAUCGACUUCAUUCAGGACAUCAUCACGGCCCUGCGUGAGCUGAUCGGCCAGGACAACUCGCCGCUGUCCGUGCCCACGCAGCUGCAGUGCGCCAUCACCGCUCUGCAGAUGCUCCAGCAAAACUCGCUCAUGUACAACGCCCUCAACAUCGAUCUCAAGGAACUGUACGCGCGGUUGUACGAGCUUCUGCCUUUCAUCCCCACCCACUCGAUCAAGUCGCCUGAGCUCGUCAAGUCCCUUCUCCACUGCCUGUCCCUCAUGUCCAAGGACAAGAAGCAGGUGUCCGUCAAUCGUAUGGCCGGCUUUGCCAAGCGACUGAUGAACAUAGCGAUGUGUCUGCCGCCCAAUGCCUGCCUGGCCAUCAUCUCGAUCAUCAAGGAAAUCUUUAACCGACACCCGCGGUCGCAGCAACUGCUCGACAGCGAGUUCGUGGGCUCGGGCACGUUCAUGGCCGAGGUGUCUGACCCGGAGCACGCCAACCCGCUCGCCUCCACGCUCUGGGAGUUCCCGAUGGCCAAGGACUACUACCACCCGACCGUCGUGGACUACUCGGCCCGCGUGCUCCAGGCCUUUGUCGAAGCCGACGGCGGCCACGCCAAACCGGUGCAGGCUCCGGGCGGUGUGUCGCCCGCGGCCAAGUCGGAGCCCAUGGCGCUCUACAAGGCGUUCCAGUUCGAGACCGUGGGCUUCAACCCGGCCAUUCCCAAGCCGCGCGCCCACCCUCUUGAAAAGAUCCUCCGCAAGCAGAGCAAGGGCCGACGAAGGAGGGCUCAGGAGUUCUUCAUUCGGGCGCCCAAGGGCGAGCCCUCGGCCUUCAUGCAGAGCGCGCUGGCGCAGACGGAGGGCAUCGGCGCCGGCGGCCUCGAGGAGUUCCGCGAGCAGGCCCGGCUGUGGACCCAGGUCUACCACGACCUCGAGCUGCUCCCCGCCACCCGCAAGUCCGCCAAGUCGUCUGCCAAGCGCCAGCACCAGCUGAGCUGA